CGUGAUGAGGAAGCAGUAGUUGCCUGUCAGUGCAGGAGGCAUUGGGAACCGCCGUCGGUUUCAAAGUCGAGUACUGAGCUUCUUUGGUUUUCGUUAGACACUGACUUUUUUAGCUAUGGCUGAAAGUGGUGAAAAUUCUGGAUCUUCCCCAUCUGACCCAGUUACAAUUAAAGUAACAGUGAAAACCCCCAAAGAGAAGGAGGAGUUUGCAGUCUUGGAGAACAGUACUAUCAAACAGUUUAAAGAAGAGAUUUCAAAACGCUUCAAAGCCCAUACUGACCAGCUUGUGUUGAUAUUUGCUGGAAAAAUACUGAAAGAUCAAGAUACUUUGACACAGCAUGGAAUCCAUGAUGGUUUAACUGUACACCUAGUUAUCAAAACACAAAACAGAUCACAGGAUCAGUCGUCUCGAGCCACAAGUAGCAGUAAUAGCAGCAGCACCAGUAAUUCUACAAGUACACCGGCAGUAGCUAGUAGCGCAAGUGCCUCCACAACAACCACCACCACUAAUCCUUCAAGACCAGGUGGCCUUAUGGGUGCUUUUGGACUUAGCAGCAUUGGUAUGAAUUCACAGAGCUUAGCAGAUUUGCAGAGUCAAAUGCAACGACAACUGAUUUCAAAUCCAGAAAUGAUGACACAAAUUAUGGAAAACCCUUUUGUUCAGAACAUGUUGUCAAAUCCUGAUCUCAUGAGGUCUUUGAUUACAUCCAAUCCGCAGAUGCAAGAACUGAUGCAAAGAAAUCCAGAAAUAAAUCAUAUGCUAAAUAAUCCAGACAUAAUGAGACAAACACUUGAACUUGCACGGAACCCGGCAAUGAUGCAGGAAAUGAUGAGAAAUCAAGAUCGAGCUCUUAGCAACCUUGAGAGCAUUCCAGGGGGUUAUAAUGCUUUAAGAAGAAUGUUCAUUGACAUUCAAGAACCAAUGUUAAAUGCUGCUCAAGAGCAAUUUGGUGGCAAUCCGUUUGCAUCAUUGGUGAACAACUCUGCUCAAGGUGGAGAAAUUCAACCUUCACGUACCGAAAACAGAGAUCCAUUACCUAACCCUUGGGCUCCACCACCUGCUUCACAAUCCUCCUCUACAGCAGGCAGCACUAGUACAGGGCAGACUCCUGCAGCACCACCUUUAGGGUCAGCAACACCACAUUUAGGGUCUGGACUAGGAGCAGGCAUGUUCAACACCCCUGGAAUGCAAAGCUUACUGCAACAACUCUCUGACAAUCCACAGCUAAUGCAAAACAUACUAUCAGCGCCAUAUAUGAGGAGCAUGAUGCAGUCACUGGGUCAGAACCCUGAUCUUGCAGCUCAGAUGAUGCUGAACAACCCACUGUUUGCUGGAAAUCCUCAGCUACAAGAGCAAAUGAGACAACAGCUCCCAAAUUUUCUCCAACAGAUGCAGAACCCAGAAAUGCUGCAAGCUAUGUCAAACCCAAGAGCAAUGCAGGCUCUUAUGCAAAUACAGCAAGGUUUGCAGACAUUAGCUACAGAAGCUCCAGGACUUAUACCAGGGUUUAACCUUGGGCUUGGAGGCCUUGGAAACACUGGAGGCACAACAAGUACAUCUACUACAGGUUCUGGAACAAGUGAGAGUACAAGAGUACCAUCAUCCACUACAGACAGUGGCCAACAACAGUUUGUGCAGCAGAUGCUACAAGCGUUAGCUGCAGCAAAUCCCCAGCAGGUACAAAACCCAGAAGUACAAUUUCAACAGCAGCUGGAACAGCUCAGUUCAAUGGGUUUCCUGAACAGAGAGGCCAACUUGCAAGCUUUAAUAGCAACAGGAGGUGACAUCAGUGCAGCCAUUGAAAGGCUACUUGGCUCUCAGCCUUCAUAGACUUAAUUCCUUAUACCCUGGAAAAUGUAAUUUAUUUUUGAUAAACCAGCUGAUAAAUCUUUAAACAACAUGCUUUAUUUCAUUUUAACUCUUGAAAUUUCAUCUUGAAUGAAGAACUGAAGUAAGGUGAUGCUGUAAAGUGGAGUGACUUGCAGUAGUUUAAACAGUUGGAAACAAUGCUUUUUUCACUCAAGAUGUUGCAUGCAUCCAGCAAUUUCUUUUUCUUCAUUGCAUUUAUUGUGGUUUGGAAAAAACAGUAUCAGCUUUACUGUUGAGUGAUCAUGUUUUCGUCUGACCUUAAACUGUCAAAAUUGAUUUGCUUUUUGAACAUUAGCCAUAACUAGUAUACAGCCUAUAAAGACUAAAACUGAAGCUACAAUUUGUGGUAUAAUAUUGCUUAUUGUGACUUCGACCUGUAUUUUUUUUGCUAGCAAUAUGGCAUCAACAGUUCAGAAGACACCACCACCAGAGAAAAUGUUUCUACAUUUUAAUUUUCAUUUCCGUUCCUUGGUGUGUCGAGUAGAAAUGUACUUCUAAUAUCCCAGAAAACUACAUGCCUGUAACAUUACAGUAGUGUUGUAGGCCAGGAGUAUAAUUGAUAAUUUGUGGAAGUUUGAUUUAUCUUUUUAAAACUAAUUGGCUGUUCCACCUUUUCCAGAUGGUAAUAGAAAAUAUGCUAUUUUUACAAAUUUAGUUAUAAAACUGGUAAAAACACUUGGCAGAUGUCUGCUGUUAGUAGAGUCAUGUACAGAAAUAAUGCAUAGUAUUCUUGCCUUUGAAAAAUACAAAGAUUGUCCUGAUUGUAAAUUACCUGAUAUACUUGUGCAUUUUUGAAAAGUGUCACAUGCCCACAUGUUUAGUGCUUUUGCCUAGAGCUUACUGGCAGAGCCACACUCAAGUCCCAUAUUGCAUUUUGAACUGUAAUUGAGCUCUUACUUUCAUUGAAAGUUUCAUGUAAUAUUUUAUUACUUUUAACUACCUUGUAAAAAUACUGUACAUCUCUUCAGUUUUUAUCAGUAGUAUUUUCUCCUCUGCACAGGUAAUUAAUAAAUAAAACUAUUCACUGUGGCUCAUACCUA